AAACAAAAGGGAAACACUAAAGAAAGGACAUACAAUACAUUAAGAGAGCACAUAGUGUUGUAUGCUGGCAUGUUGUGGUGUUUUCGAUUCCAAAGAUGCAGAGGACAGCAGGCAACAGCAAGUUCCUGUCCAACAGUCCAAUGAUGACGUCUCGACCUCCAGUCUUAGCUGUGCUGCGCUCUUUCAUCAUGCUGCUGACAUUUUGCAGCCCAGGCCCAGCUUGCGCUCUUAAAAUCAGCUCCGACAUGACGUCCUACCAUGCGGCCCAGGAAUCAAGCGUCACCCUUCACUGCGAGUACACAUAUUCCUCUGUGGACAAGCACAACACUGAGGUGGAGUGGACCAAGUUGACCCCACACAGAAAUUACAACAGGACCGUUAUUGGGUUUACCGGAGGCCAGCUGUAUAACGACCUGUACCAACCGAUGAAGGGCCGGGUCCACUUCGCUUCUCCCGACCCCCGUAACGGAGAUGCCUCCAUGACCAUCAGCGACCUGCGUCUUUCAGAUGCAGGGAUUUACCAGUGCAUGGUGAAAAAGCUACCUGGACUCGACAUUAAGAACGUGUUCCUGACAGUCAAAGAGAGGCCAAGCAAGCCAACAUCUGCGGUGGAAGUGGAGCCUGUGGCAGGAAAAGCGGCGGAACCAGCUCAUGGAACCAAAGCUACAGAAGCGACAGUAACGACCGCCACGCUUCUGUCCCUUCCUGCGGCAGCCAAGAGCGAUGGAGGUGAAGCUACAGAGGCGACCGUGACGACCGCCACGCUUCUGUCCCUUCUUGCGGCAGCCAAGAGCGAUGGAGGUGAAGCUACAGAGGCGACCGUGACGACCGCCACGCUUCUGCCUCUUCCUGUGGCAAAAAAUGUGGCAGCCACAGGCAACGGCGCUAAAGCUUUGGAAGCAUGUGUGGCGACCGCGACCUUGAGCGAUGGAUAUAUAAUUACCACAGUGGCCGUGACGACUGGCGUGUUUCUGUUUAUCGUUGCCUGUGUUCUCGCUGUCAUCUGGUGCUGUCGCAGAAGAAAUCGUGCAGAGCGGCGGCGUGUGAGGGAGAUGGUGCAAGUGGAGGCCCAUCCUAAAUUGUGGGUUUCCCCAGACACUAACGACAUGCUGCCUCUGCCUUCAGACGAGGUGCACUUUAUUGUCCUUAAUGAGGUGUCCAGUCUUUGAAGAUGACCAGGACAUCCCGCUGCAACAUCAUCCAUUUUUUAUUACCAGUGGUUCUCAAACUUUUUUCACUAAGUACCAUCUUAGAAAACACUUGGCUCUCCAAGUACCACCAUAAUGACCAAUAUUAAAAUACAAUAGCGUAGUAGGCAUACGUAUUCAAUAAAAUCAAGACACAGGUUUUAUAUAACAAGUGUAUUUAAUAUUUUUGGCCACUGUAACUACACACAAUGCUCAAGCAUUGAAACAAUGAUGUACAUAUUUACAGACUUACUUGGCAUACAGUACCACUAGAUGGAGACUGCGUACCACUCCAUCUUGGUACCACAGUGUGAGAAUCACUAUUCUAUACUGUUUGUGAUGCAACGUAACUUUAGGACAAUUUGUUGUUGAGCACAUCACCUCCAUCUUUGGUUCACAUUAUAUAUGAAAUAUUUGAGUAGUCUUUUCAGACUUCCUAGAUCUCCAAUUGAGUGUACAGACUUUAUCAAAUGACCCCGACAGGGACAAGCGGUAGAAAAUGGAUGGAAUUGUCCCGUUACUUUGUUGUUAUUAUUUUUUUAAACUUUUGUGGCCUUUCUGUACUGUUUGUUCCAGGCAUUUCAUUAAUCUUUCUGUGUGGUUUCAAGUUUACGAGGAACUUUUUUUGCUCUCUCAAUGCUAUUUAUACAUUUAUUUUGAUA